AUGGCGGCUUACAGUAGUCUUGCGGCUCUGUUUCCAAUACAAAGCCAGUUAGACUACGCCCUCGAAGACGCUACGACAGUUGAAGAAAAAGAAAACCUCGUACAUCAAUACUUGAAGAAGUUAGACGACAGAGAGAGUUUGAAGAUUCCUGAUUUUGAGGAAGGUUUGGAAUGGCUGAACACAGAAGGAGCCCUGUCACUAGGGAGAGAACUUUCUGGCAAAGUGGUGGUGCUGGACUUCUUCACAUAUUGCUGCAUUAACUGCAUGCAUUUACUGCCAGAUCUGCACAACCUGGAGCAGAAGUACACCAUAACAGAUGGACUGGUUGUGGUGGGCGUACACUCUGCGAAGUUCCCCAAUGAGAAGGUUCUGCAAAACGUGCGCAGUGCAGUUCUACGCUACAACAUUACUCACCCGGUGGUGAACGAUGCUGAUGCUCGCAUGUGGCAGGAGUUGGAGAUUGCCUGCUGGCCCACACUGGUUUUACUGGGACCCAGAGGAAACCUCCUCUUCUCACUGGUGGGAGAGGGUCAUCGUGAUCGCCUCUUUAUGUUUGCGUCAGUUGCACUCAGGCACUACGGGGAGAAAGGGCUGUUGAAGGACCACAGCAUAGGGAUCAAACUGUACAAAGACGCUCUGCCCACAUCGGGCCUGCGCUUCCCGGGGAAAGUGACAGUGGACCCCCGCGGCACGAGGCUGGCCAUAGCAGACACAGGAAACCACCGAGUACUCAUCGUGUCCAACACCGGACAGAUACUCCACACUGUGGGAGGGCGGGGCUGUGGAAGGCGAGAUGGAGGCCUGGCAGAGGCCAUGUUCAACUCCCCCCAGGGCGUCUGCAUGAAGGGAGACCUGGUCUAUGUGGCCGACACCGAGAACCAUUUAAUCAGAAAGAUUGACCUGUCUGAGGGGCAGGUCACUACUGUAGCUGGAAUAGGCGUGCAGGGUACAGACAAAGAGGGCGGGGCGACAGGACUCCAACAGCCAAUCAGCUCUCCCUGGGAUGUUGCCCUGGGAACUACAGAUGGUGAUGAGGAUAACGUGCUGUGGAUUGCCAUGGCAGGGACACAUCAGAUCUGGGCUCUGUUUCUGGAAGAUGGGAAACUGCCAAAAGGGAGUGACUCCAGAAAGGGGACGUGUGUUCGCUUUGCCGGGAGCGGGAACGAGGAGAAUCGGAAUAACGCGUAUCCCCAUAAGGCCGGAUUCGCCCAGCCGUCUGGACUGGCGCUGGCCCCCGGCGAGCCCUGGUCCUGCCUCUUCAUCGCCGACAGCGAGAGCAGCACCGUGCGCUGCCUGGCGCUGAAGGAUGGCUCAGUCAAGCACGUGGUGGGAGGAGAGCGAGACCCUCUGAACCUGUUUGCGUUCGGGGAUGUGGACGGUAAAGGGGUGGAUGCUAAGCUGCAGCACCCGUUGGGUGUGGCGUGGGACUGUAACGGCAGCCUGCUUUAUGUCGCAGAUUCUUACAACCACAAGAUCAAAGUGGUAGAUCCCAAGAGUAAGCGCUGCAGCGUUCUGGCGGGUACUGGAGAGGCCAGUAACAGAAUUGGGCCGGGCUUUAUGGAGUCGUGUUUUAACGAGCCCGGGGGCCUGUGUGUGGCUGAUGGGGGGAGGAGUCUGUUCGUGGCUGACACAAAUAACCAUCUAAUCAAAGUCCUGGACCUGCAAGCCAGAACCAUCACUGUGUUCCCCUUGCAUGCUGAGGAGGUGGUGGAUGCUCCACGCUCGGUCAGAAAACUCCCCAAACUUCCUAAAUCAGCUCCCACCGUCAACAUGCCCGUGCUCCACGUGUGCACGGGUCAGCGCGUGUGUAUGGAGCUCAGCCUGGCCCUGCCUGACGGAACCAAACUCAAUCAGGAAGCUCCCAGCUUCUGGACCCUGUCCUCUGAAGGCAGCGAGUGGUUACUGGAGCAUCAGAAGAUCACAGGUGACAUCACUGAUCUCCGUCAGCACCUCUCCGUCAGCACCUCCAUCCCUGCCACCGUGCCGUUUCCAAACCCCUCCCUGACUCUCAGUGCGUGGCUGUACUGUUGUCUCUCUGACGGCGGAGCCUGCAUGAUAAAAGUCGUGUCCUUCUGUCAGCCUCUGCAAAUUGACUCCGCCUCCAACUCCAGCACCGUAACGGUGAAGCUCGCGCAUGCCUUCUAGAACUCGCCUCUAAGGUUCUGUGGGGUCUUUGGGUUCCUUUGGGUUCUAUCCCUUUCAUGCUCAGCACAGUAGUGAACUCUGAGUCCGCUGCCCUGUGAAGCCAGGAGUCAUAUGCUAGCGCAGAUCUGGGUCUUCCUCUAAAUGGAUGUGACUAACAGUGAUGAAAGAUAUUACAGCAAAUACAGAACAAAGUGCCUCUUUCUCAUAGGCAGUUUCAUACAAGCUUCCUCAGCACU